AUGGGCGACCACCGCUUGCCAAAAACUGUUCUCUAUUCUGAGUUAGCAGUGGGUAAGCGAAGGCACGGUGGUCAGCACCUGCGCUACAAGGACGUGCUCAAACGACAUCUAAACGCUUGUGCCAUCGACCAUGAGCGUUGGGAGGAGCUUGCUGGGAAAAGGUCAUAUUGGCGAACUACCAUCUAUAACGGUGUUAAGGCAUUUGAGGAUAACCGCCUCAAAACCUUAGAUGAAAAGCACCAAUUACGAAAAGAGAGACCUAAGCCCUCCUACGUGUACACGUAUAACUCCGCUGGAGAGCUUAGUUGCCACCCGUGCCAGCGAGUAUUUAAAAGCAAGUUCGGCCUGGCCAGCCACAUUAGAGCACACGCAAGGAAACGUCCUUUCGUUUUAUUAAUAAAACCCCUGGCUUAUUCAUUUCCUCUACUAUUUUCUAACAAGUGCAAGUGUUACAGUGCGAGUUUUACGUACACGGAGAAAUUCACCUUGAAACAAUGUUCGUCUGACUUUGAGUACCAUGUAAUCCAGUCUAAGAAAGACCUCGACUCUGAGGAUGAAUCUGGAUCAUUAAAGACUCAGAAGAAAACAACCAAAAGGAAAAACGCUUCUCAGAUCCCGAAACGUGACGCGGGCUGGUCGCUGGACAGAAACGUCGUCGAAGAAUGUGUUAGUAAAAGCAAGAAGAUCAAACCAAAGAAAACUGUGAAAAAGCACGCAUCGUCCGUGUUAAUAACUGAUACGUUGCAGGACAGUGACACUGACCUUGAUGAAGAAGACAAAACUAAAAGUACGACAACCAAGUCGAAGAAAGAGACACCUGAUUGUAAGCCAGGCUGGUUUUCAAACUGGGCUGACGAAGGACAUGUUGAAGCCCAGCGUCGAGCAUCCGCUGCCAACUCUCUGUCGUCCGUGCUAAUACGUCGCGUCCCAGGCGGCUACGUGCGUCGCACAGCUUCGUUAACCGGUGAUCUUUUUAUUGAUCUUAAACUGUAUAACGUAGUAGAUAUUCAAAACGUUCCAUCUGAAGCCCGUUGGGAGAAAGCGCUGGUUAAUUUUAAAUAUCGUGUGGAUUCCGUUUCGGAUAUAGUAGAUGGAAUAAAUAAGAUUCUAAAGCGUUGUAAGGACGACUUUACAGAUGAAGGAACCUUUUUCCCAGAUAAAAAAAGCCAAUAAUCUUUAAUCUUUUUUACGUCUAAUUUAGUCUAUUCCUAUGUCAAUAGGCAAAAUGCCUCAUAAUAGCUCCAUAUUUUGUUCAGUGUGUGACAUAAGUAUUCCAAGUAAAGCCUUUUCUGCUCACUUGCGCACUAACUUGCAUAAAAAUAAUAACUCUGUUCAAUUAACUCCUGAUAUUGAAAAAAUAAGCAGCGCUUUCCGUAGUAGAAUAGCAUCAUACAGAGUGCGUGGACCAGAGAGUAGCCUCCAUGACUCACCGGUAAAGUUUCUGUGCGCUCUUCGUAGACAUAUUAAACAUAUUCUCGAAGCGAGAAGGCUUGCUUUUGGAUCUAUAAAGGUUAACUUUGAACUGUUUGCUGAAUUUGGUUUGCCGAAAAAUGAAGCAUGUGAAAUUAAAUCAUUCGCUACGCAAAAUAUCAUUUUACAUCAGAGUUACGAAUUUAAAGAAAUAUUUUCAACCAUUUUGAACACAUUGAGCACGAAAAUUGAUGAAUUUCAAGAACGGGACAGUGGCUGGAGCUUUCUACGAAACUUAUAUCUCGAGAUAAACAUAAACAAAUAUAAUCCUCUUAGAGCGUCUAGAUUUAUAGAAUUACCAAAGUUAAUAAAACAUCGAAGAGCUUGUGUAAAUAUUAAAAACAAUGAAAGUAGCACUAUCUUCGAAUGAUGAUAAACGAGUAAUAUUAAAAGACAAUAUUCACACACUUGCGUGGGGACAUGCUUCAUUUUUCUAAAUAUAGUUAUAUAGUGAUAUUUUAAAGGAAACUUUGAACUAAUUUGUAAACACCUACUUUACUUUUUAAGUUAGCUAUGCCAGUAUGUAUAUUAUUAUUAAAUAAACU